AUGUUGGACUUAAUUGAGAGUGUGGAAGUUUCUAUAGGACUUAUCAUUGCUAUAAUUCUUUUGUUGUUUUACUUGACCAGGACAAGCAAAAAUCUUCCUCCUGGUCCGCCAACAUGGCCCAUCAUUGGAUCCGCCAUAAAUUUUCAAAAGAUUCCUAACAUGAGAGAUGCCGUUAGAGAAAUGCGCGCAAAGUACGGAGAUGUUUUUAGGAUAACACGGUUUGGACGCCAUGUUAUUUAUAUCAACGGCCUUGAAAACCUAAGAGAAAUUUUCAUCAAAAAGGCGGACGCCUUUUCGGACCGUCCGUCUAACUAUCACACGAGAUACAUCCUCAAGGGACAUGGCGUACUGGCUAGUUCAGGAGAAAAUUGGAAAGAACACAGAACAUUUGCUUUGACAACACUUCGAAGUUUUGGCUUUGGGAAACGCAGUCUUGAAACCCAAAUAAUGGAGGAAGCCACUUGUUUCACCGACCAAAUCGCUGCGCUGAAAGGCGGACAUUUCGAUCCAAACGAAUACAUCCACGUGAGUAUCUCCAAUAUCAUGUGUUCUAUUGCUUUUGGUAAACGCUACGAACACUCUGACACUAACUUUCAACAUCUGUUGACUCUUGUUACUCAACUCGCUGCUGAGCCUCGAAAUCCACUGUUAGACAUGUUUCCAAUACUGGGGCUUUUGCCGGGUGAUGUUUUUGGCGCAAGGAAACUUGAAAGGUUAGAGAAUUCAAUCCAAAACUUUGCUAAGGGCAUUUUGAAAGAACACCAAGAGACCUUCGACGGGAUAAAUAUCAGGGAUUACAUUGAUGCUUAUCUUCUAGAGCAAGCUAAGCAACAACAAAAUGAGGAAACAACAUUCACUGAGGAACAAUUGAUUUGCACUCUCCGCGAUUUUUUCAUCGCUGGAUCAGAAACAACAACUACUACAUUAAAAUGGGCGAUGACGUUUCUCGUCAACUUUCCAGAGGUUCAAACUAAGAUGAGAACAGAAAUUGAUGACGUCAUCGGUUCCCGUCCAGUCAGCCUUACUGACCGCGACAACCUGCCUUAUUGUGACGCAGUCAUUACAGAAACGUUAAGACUGGGAGACAUAGUUCCCAUGUCCCUUCCCCACACCACUUCAUAUGACGUUACAUGGAACGGUUUUACAAUCCCAAAAGGCGCCACCGUGUGGCCAUGUCUGGACUCCGUCCUAAAUGAUGAUGAUCUGUUUCCUGAUCCCGAACACUUCAAACCAGAAAGGUUUCUGAACUCAGAGGGGAAGCGUCAAGGGCACGAUAAGGCAGUCAUUCCAUUCUCAUUAGGACGUCGUGUGUGCCUUGGGGAGUCUCUGGCUAGAAUGGAACUUUUCCUGUUCCUUGUAACCAUUGUACAGAGAUUUGAGCUGAAGGCAUCCCCAAAUCACCGGAUCCCGUCCCUCAACGGGUUCUUUGGAACCGUCCACGGGCCUCAUCCGUACAAUAUCUGUGCCAUUGAACGCACUUAG